CACGACUGCGGGGCAAUGCGCGCAGGAACCCGCGAGUAACACUCGUUCACAAGUCGCUCAAAACGUAUAUUAUUUUCUAUAAAUAUUGUAAUUUUCUAUCUCCGAACCAAUUCGUUAGUGGACUUUACUCGGUGUAUAUGGUUUUUAAAAUACUUUUACGCUAUUUCCUGAUCGCCGAAUAGGUGUGUACGUUAUAACAGCUAUCUGAUAAUUAUUUCGCACAAAUAAAUAACAAAAAAAGUCAUUACUUCUGCGGACGGCGCGAUAGGUACGCUGGAAAAAAAUCGAUAACGCUGCGCGACGUAACAUGGUGAGCAGUGGCUGCAGUGGCAGUGCCGGUGGCAACGGCAACACUAACAACAAUAUCAACAACAACAACAACAACGUCAACAACGUCAACGACAUAAACGUCAACAACAACAACAACAACAACAACAACGACGGCAUGCACGAUGGCUGUUCGGCCGAUUCGCUGGACGUGCACACAUCGGAGGACCAACGGUACAAGCCGCUGUUGGAGGCCAUCAAAGCCGGCGACUACGACGAGUUCGAGUUCGCCGUGGACAAGUGCGGCGGCGAGUCGCUCAGCUUCCGGGACGAAUGGGGCUACACGCCGGCCCACUGGGCCGCGCUCUACGGCAACUCCGAGGUGCUCAGGUACCUGGUGGCCAGGGGCGUGACCGUGGACAUGUCGUGUUACGGAAUCCAGGGCUCCAAGCCGGUGCACUGGGCAUGCCGCAAAGGUCACACCGCCGCCGUUCAAGUGCUGUUGCAGGCUGGAGUAAAUCCAAACGUAUCAGACUUCAAAGGCCUCACACCCUUGAUGACCGCCAGCAUGUUUGGAAAAACGUCCACGGCGAGCUUCCUAUUAGGUAUGGGUGCUCUACACCACCUGACCGACAUAAAUGGUGAUACAGCAUUACACUGGGCCUCGUACAAAGGUCACCCAGAAUUAAUUAGGUUGUUGUUGUACUCUGGAGCUGAUUUGACAAAAGCUGACAAUUUCGGGUCAACGCCACUGCACUUAGCGGCCCUUUCCGGAAGUGCGAAAUGCGUUGAAAUACUUUGUCAGAACAGUCAAAUAUCGUUACAACCCAGGGAUAAAAACGGCAAAACUCCGUUAGGGCUAGCCGUGAAUCAUAGAUACGAGGACAUCGCAGGAUUGUUGAACAAAGAGAUCAAGAAGAGAAAGAAGUGGAUGGUACCUCUUCACAAAGCGUUAAAUGCAAUUUUUGGAAGUUCAGCGUAUUCAAAAGGUCCUUUGCUGUUAUUUUUGUGUUCUUUUUUGAUUUGGUGGUAUCCUCUUUACAUAUAUAGAGUAGUGCCUGUUACGUGGAACAUAACGAGAGGUUGCCACUACACGUAUAUAGCCUGGAAUAUUGUCAUGUGGAUAUCUUGGUUUGUUACAAAACAAUCAGAUCCCGGAUUCUUACCAAUCGAUUCAGGGAGUUACAUUCAAACCAUUAGACAAUUACCAUUUUAUCCAUGCGACAUGGGUACCAAAAGAGAUAUUUUGUCAAGACUUUGUCACACAUGUCGCUGCGUAAGACCUUUGCGAGCUAAACAUUGUCGCUUGUGCAACAGAUGUGUCCAACAUUUUGACCACCACUGUCAAUUUGUCAUUAAUUGUAUCGGCCUUAAUAACAGGUCAUGGUUCUUCUGGUUUGUCAUCAGUCUAGCCGUAAAUUGUUCAUACGUAAUUUACUUGGUAUGCUGUACGAUCAAACUAGAAGGGUUUAAUGUUUUUUACGUCCUGGCGCUAUUGCAAGCAUUCGCGUUUGGUGUUUUGAGUUGGACCUUGACUGCGACGAUCUGCAUCAACGCAUUGAUGAAUUUGACCAGAAACGAGAUGAUCAACCACAAAAAGUACACUUACCUAAAAAACAGCAAAGGCAAAUACUACAAUCCAUUCUCUAGAGGCGUUGUAAUUAACGUUUUGGAAUUUUUCGGUUGUACGCAAAACAGAACGGACUACGAGAGUGAUAGAUAUAAUUGUUAUGAUUGAGAGGAGAGGGGGACAAAAUAUACGAAGGGAAAAUGUAGGUAGCUAUGAAAUAUCUAUUUAAACUGCCAUCACUUUAAAGGUGAUUACCAAUUUCGGGAUAAUUACGGAGAAAUGAAUCAAAGUACGUCUCUAUAAAAAUUAAUGAAACCCGAUAAUUUUUAAGAAUAUUAUUCUUCCUCUUAAAUUUAUGCACAUUUUGUCAUUUUAAAUAAUAAUUUUAAUAAACCGUCUUUAAUCGUAAUAUUAAAUAAUACUAUAUUUUAAUGCGAGUAUGCAGAUUUUACUUCGAAAAAAGAUUAGGUAAAUUUUAUAUUAUUGUUAUUCAAAUGUUUAUUUUGCUACAUCAGAUCACUCAAAGUGAAUAUUUUUCACACAAAUUUUGCAUAUAAAUAAUAAUAAUAUUAUUUAGCGUAUUAUGGGUCUCAAUUGUGCAAUAUCAUAAAAUUAACAUAAUAUGUUAAGUUAAAAAAGUUCUUGAAUGCCGACGACAUCAUGUUGAUGAUAACGAUGAUGAUGAGUUCGGGCUAAGAUAUACCUGUUUUAUUUUUUCAAACCAAAAAUAGGAGACAGCCUGUUUGGUCAUUCAAACACUGUAAUAGACUCUUCGCUUACUUUCUACUUGGUAACAGCUGUUGUGCACAAUAAAAUAUAUAACCAUUUGCAUACAAUAAAACGUGCGUUCGCCGUACAUAUAGACUCGCGUAUUUUUUUCCCAGCGUUCAGGUACAAUAGGAAAAGAGAGAAAGAGAAAAAAACAUUUUUGCAAAACAAAACUCACUUCUUGUACGAUUUGUAUUUAUAUUUUUUUAUUCAUAAAUAUUAAAUAUAUUAUAUAUAUAUAUAUAUAUUUAUUACUAUUA